GCAAUAAGGUCCAGUCGAGUUUUGUUCGGGGAAGCGCCGAAAGUGAGACGCUCGCACACAGAGAACGAGUGAAUAACGACUACGAUGGCUUCGAUGGCAGCAGCUCGAGGCGCUCUUGGGGCGGUGCAGUGGAGCCACAUCCCGCAGCUUGUUCCGUACCCCAUCGGUCUCGCGCUGCAGGAGCACCUCGUCCAUCGACGGCUGGCUGCGCGCUCCUACCUCGCGCAGCUGCCCGCGGCGGGACCCUCGUCGUCGGCGUCGCUGGCGCAGCGCAAGGCCGAGCGCGUCUCGCGGGAGGACAUCUUGCUUCUGCUCGAACACACGCCGACGUUCACCGAGGGAAGGAGGAAGGGCGCCAAGGAGGCCAUUGCAGACGACGACGAGGGCAAGCGCCUGCGCGCCCUCGGCGCAGACUACAUUGUCGCCCAGCGCGGCGGCCUUGUCACGUACCAUGGCCCCGGGCAGCUCGUCGGGUAUCCCAUCUGGGAUCUCCAAGCGAUGGAUCUCUCGACGCGCUGCUACGUCGACCGCCUCCAGAAGGCCUUCCAUGCGCUCCUCUCGGCGCCACAACCAUAUGGGAUAAAGACUUUCCCGCCGUACGAGGACAACACGGGCGUGUGGACGUCGCCCGACCACAAGAUUGUCUCGAUUGGGAUCCAGGUCCGGCAGCGGAUUGCGUCGCAUGGCUUUGCGCUCAACGUCGAGGCGCUUCCGCUGCUGCGAUGGUUCGACCACAUUGUCGCAUGCGGCAUCGAGGGCAAGAAGAUGUCGGCCAUUGAGCGCGAGCGCAGCGUCAAGAUGAGGGCCGAGGAAGAGGCACGGCCGGACAGGGAGGCGGCGAGCGAGAGCGGGGAAAGGCUCGACGACAUCGAGGGAGGGCAGGCGCGGACACAAUCAGCAGCAGACCGGGACAGGACAACAGGCCCCAAAGGGCCAGGAGAAGCAGAAGCGAGAGUCUAUAGCGAUCCCGUGGGCUGCCAGAUCGAGCCGGGGCUCGUGCUUGGACCAGAGGCAAGGACAACGGUAGCUUCCGUCGUGCCGCACGUCGUGCAGCACUUGGGCAAGACCUAUGGCAGGCACAUGGCAGAGGCCACAGAAGAGCUCCUUAGAUACGAGGCCGACGAAGUCACAGGGCGACUCAAAAGAGCCUGGGUCGACGGGGAAGAGGUCGUCACGGUGUAGCUCCCCUUUCAGUCAUCAAUUUAGUGCUCAUGGCAAUCAAAGCAGUCC